AUAAUGGAAUAAAUUUUAGAUUGAAAGCCUCAAAGGUCAAGAGCUUAUGCGCAUCUAUAGUAGGUAAUCGCAAGUAGCAGGUCAAGUUUAUCAAGUUUCCACUUUGUCUCUUUCGGGAGUGCUUCUACUAGCAUGAACAAAUACAUCUGUGUUGUCUUGGUGCUGGCAGUGAUCUGUGUGAAGGAGUGGAAAUUUUUUGUUCCCGAGAGGUUCUAUGCGUCCCACUUGGGUGAAAUCUCUGACUUCCUAGACUCGCAUGGAUAUCCUUUGGAAAGCCAUGAAGUUCAGACAGAGGAUGGUUAUUUACUGACGGUUCACCGCAUCCCGAAUGGUCGACAUCACGUGCAAAAAUCAACCCCCAAACCUCCAGUUUUCCUGAUGCAUGGCCUCCUUCUCAGCUCGGUAGACUGGAUGAUUUUGGGCCCGGAAAAGUCCCUCGCCCUGAUUUUAGCAGACGCUGGUUACGACGUGUGGAUUGGGAACAAUCGAGGAAACAGCCGCUCAAAAAACCACAUCACUUUGCACCCUCAAAAGGAUCGAAAGGAAUUUUUCAGCUACAGCUAUCAUGAAAUCGGAAUAUUCGACCUUCCUGCAAUGAUUGACCAUGUCUUGAGUUAUACCGGGCGUAGCAAAUUGUCGUAUAUCGGCUACUCUGAAGGGGUGACGUCGUUUUUUGUGAUGGGCGCCGAAAAACCCGAAUACAACGAGAAAAUCCUGCUAAUGAACGCCUUUGCCCCCGUGACUGAUUCUUUUAAUGUUACCAGCGAGAUUUUUAAUGUGCUGAGCGCGUAUCCGUGGCUGCUGAAGCUAGCAAAUUUCAUCGGUUGGUAUGAGAUGUUUGAUGUUAGCACGGCCCCCAUUUUUCGCCUGCUCUGCCAAAGUAGAACCCUAUGCAACUUGCUCUAUCAUCUGCUCGGAUCGUCUAAAGAACAAAUGCCCGACCAGGAUACCCAACUGAGGAUUCUCUCCCAUUUGCCUGCGGGAUUAUCUUUGAACCAAAUCAGCCAUUACAUUCAAGGAACCAUUACCGGCAUUUAUGGGCCUCUCAGCCAAGACAUCACAACAAAAACCGAUCAUCUCAUCUACGACGUCAGCAAAGUCGAUGCCCCAAUAAUUCUUUACUAUGGAGAAAGCGACAACUUGGUCAACCAGCAUAGAAUGCUGGAAACUGUGGCUAAGAAGCUCCCCAAUCUCGUGAAACUCUAUAAGGUUCCUUAUGCGAAUUUCAAUCACUUGGAUUUUCUUUAUGGGAAUAACGUUUCCUUGCUGAAUGAAGAAGCUCUGCGAAAUCUCAAUGAAUUCAACGGCAGAAAUGUAAUCAAUUAAUAGUGAUUUUUUAAGUGGUAGGGAAUAUUAAAAACAAGUUGGGAGGAACUAAGUUUGUUCCUGUGCCCAAGUAAUUUGUGAGACUUAGAUGCAACACUGAAGUUUUUUGGA